AUUGAAACAGGAAGAGGUAAAACAGGAAGACAAACUUUACUCUAUGAAGAAACUCCCCCUCAGUUGGCAUUUUGACGAUUUACUGAAUUAAAAGAUGACUUUACAGUGGACUGCUGUGGCUCUCUUUCUCUAUGCAGAGAUUGCCGUCAUUCUCAUCCUCUGCAUACCUUUCAUUUCAGCCAGAAGAUGGCAGAUUAUUUUCCAGCUGAGAAUUUGGAGCUGGAUGGCCAGGUUCUGGAACAAAGUUUUCCUCACCAUGAUCAUAGUCCUUAUUGUUCUCUUUCUUGAUGCCGUACGAGAGGUCAGAAAAUACUCAAGUAAAGAAAUUGGCACAGACGCUAAAGUGCAACCAAACAUGUUUGACCACCUUCACAUGAAGCUUUUCCGGGCUCAAAGGAACCUCUACAUCUCUGGUUUCGCUGUCUUCCUCUGGCUGGUUAUGAAGCGAGUGAUCACUUUAAUUAAUCAGCUGGCGGACGUGUCGGGGACCACAGCUGCUCUGCAAAUGCAGGCUGAUGAUGCUAAUACAGCAGUGGAGAAGUACACAAAGGACAAUGAGCAGCUGAAAAGGACCCUGAUGGAAGGAGUUGGUGAUAAGGCAACAGCAGAGGGCAUGGAGCUGUUGAGGGCGGAAGUGGGCAAACUGAAAGAUGAUCUGAAGUCCUCUGAUGACGCCUUGAAAAAGUCUCGGGCAGAGGCAGAUGGGACUAAGAAGCAGAUGGAGGGACUUGCCCGGGAGUAUGAGAGACUGCUGAAGGAACAUCAGGAGCUUCAGAAUCGUCAUGAUGAUGGGAACAAAAAAGACGACUAGCGGUGAUGCUUAAACUUUCCCAAAUCAGCAAGAAAGCCACUGCAAAAUGUCACAUCCAUUUGAUAAAGCAGAAGAGCAGACUUUGGACUGAUAGUUGUGAUGGUUUAAAAUUUGGUGAAUAUUUUUUUGUAGUUAAAUGAUGGUCACUUUGUAUUUCCACUCGCUGUAGCGUAACUGAAGGGAUUUCUGAAAUCAAUCAGCAAACACUUUAUGCAGGAUAAGGUGAUUAUUUGAUCACAGAGCAUGUCACAAGUUAAAUUAAAAUCAAAAUAGAUCUUGUGCAAGCUGUUGAUUCUAGUCCUUUAAACAAAUUAGAAUGAUGACUGUGCUGAAAGCUAAAGACAUCCAAUGCUGCAUUCAAAGGUUAUAAGAAAAUGCUUUUGUUUCAAACACGUUUUUAUAUUGCGAUUGUAUAAUGCAGCUACCUCUUCUGCACCUCCAUGUUAACGUAAAGCAUGCACAUGCGUCUUCGUAGGUAAAGCUUAAAUGUAGGCUUUGGCUUAAAUGAAUCAUCUUUACAUUUCCAAUGUUCUCUCUCAUACAGCCAUAAUUCUGCCAUGUAGUAGAAUGUAAAAAAACACCAUCCUUCUUAGCUUUCACCUAUUAUUGAUAAAUAAAGAGUAUGAAUGGAUAUAAUUAAAAUGUCAAAAUAGAUUUGUGUUUUUAAAUGUGUUGCUUACCCUAAUGGGUUCCUAGACUUCUAUAGUUGUUGCACUGCAUUUCACACUUAUGGUUUACAAAACAGGAAUGUUUGAUUAUUUUAUUAAGCAUCUUUCUGUUAUUUUGGUUAACAUAUGUCACUGUGAUUCCUCGUUCUCCAUGCUAAAGAAGUUGAAGUAGUGAUUCACAGCAUGGCUUGCAUGACCUAUCCACGUUGUUUUCUUUUGAACAAAGACAACAGUUGAAGUGCCUUUUUAGCUGUGCUUUAAUAAAAAUAAAAAAAAAGG